AUGUUCCAGUCGAAGGCACCGCAGCGCAACCGUAACAUUUCCUUGGAGACCAUUGCGUCCAGCCUUGCCACCCUUACAAAUAAAGUGGACAACCUCCAAGCAGCCGUCGAGAUCCUCAGGGCUGAGAUGAAGAUGGUGCAAGCGGAUAUCGAGAAGGGUCAGGACGACACGAAGAAGGUCAACAGCACUAUACGCUCGAUGCAAACCCAGCACAAGGACAUCACCGAGGAGUUGAAAGAGAUCGCGGUCCAGAUAGGGGGUAUAUAUCGCACUGUCGCGCUCGCUCUGGGUGGCCGGGCUUCCGCGUUUCCCGCAAUCUCCAUCGGCCUUAUGCGCUCCUUCUGGAGCCAGAACUCGUCCCCCACCUCGACCCAUUUCCAUUCCGCUGAGUCCAGCGAGGAUUCCGGCUCCCGCCCCCCCGAAGAGUCGAACUCGGAGCUCGACUCCUAA